AUGGCGCUUAUUUUACGUUUUGUCAACAAAGAGGGUAAAGUUAUUGAGCGAUACCUUAGCAUUGUUCAUGUUAAAGAUAUAUCUGCAAAGUCAUUAAAAGAAGCAAUUUAUUCUUUGCUUUUGGAACAUUCAUUGAGUAAAUCUCAAAUACGGGGACAAGGUUAUGAUGGAGCUAGUAACAUGCAGGGAGAAAUUAAUGGUCUUAAAACUUUGAUUGUGAAUGAUACUCCUUCAACAUAUUGCAUACAUUGUUUUGCUCAUCAAUUGCAAUUGACUCUUGUAGCUGUUGCAAAAAUAUAUUAUAAGACCGAACAAUUUUUUGAUAUUCUUGCAAAUGUUUUAAAUAUUGUUGGGGGUUCUUUUAAGCGUAGGGAGAUGCUUCGAGAUGAUCAAGCAGAAAAAUUAGAGGAACUACUAGUGCUUGGUGAAGUUCAUACAGGAAGCGGUUUAAAUCAAGAACUUGGACUUCAAAGGGUAGGUGAUACUCGGUGGGGUUCUCAUUUUAAGACAGUGCGUAAUUUUAUUAGUUUAUUCUCAUCAAUUGUUCAUGUACUUGGAGUUCUUGCAAUUGAUGGCUCAAAUUAUCAUGAGAGAUCAAUGGUAGAAAGUCUAGUGGAUGACAUAAGAUCCUAUGACUUUGUGUAUAUGUUACAUUUAAAGUUGAAAGUAUUGGCACUUACAUAUGAUUUAAAUAUGGCUUUACAAAAAAAAAAUCAAGAUAUUGUAAGUGCAAUGAAGCUUGUUGGUUUCGCAAAGAGACAAUUGCAAGAUAUGAGAGAUUCUAGAUGGAAUUCUUUGAUAAGAGACGUCUCUUUAUUUUGUGUCAAGCAUGGUAUUGUGAUCCCCGAAAUGGAUAUGAAUUAUGUUCGUGGAAAGUCAAAGCUGAAUACUGAUCUACUUCUUGGUAUGGCUAGUUUGAGUUCAGAUAAUUCUUUUGCAAAUUAUGAUAAAGACAAGAUUAUGAAACUUGCUACAUACUACCCGAAUGAGUUCACUGAUUCUAUGCUUGAGGAUCUUAGUUUUGAGCUUGACAUCUAUAUUGACUAUGUGCGAGAGGCGGGCAAUGAAUUCUCUACCUUGAAAAGACUUGGAGAUCUUUCAAAGAUAUUGGUUAAAAUAAAUUUGCACAUGACUUGGAGACUUGUUUAUUUUCUUGUGAAGUUAAGUCUGAUAUUGUCUGUCGCUACUGCAACGGUAGAAAGAGCUUUUUCUUCAAUGAAGUAUGUUAAAAAUGACUUGCGAAGCAGAAUUGGUGAUGAAUUUUUUAAUGAUUGUUUAGUUUGUUAUAUAGAGGAUGAAGUAUUUGAAAGUGUACCUAAUGAUGCGAUCAUUGAUCGUUUUCAAAACAUGACAAGUCGUCGAGUACAAUUGUAA